UGUUUCAUUUGACUGACCCAAAAGCAGACGACCCUACCUUGUUUUAAAAUUAUAGUCAAAGUAUUAAACAUUACGAACUGUGUUAUUGCCAAUAUAAUCCAUGUCUCUUAUACCUACUUCAAAUUUUACGGCAAAGGUAAGCUCCGUUUUGGGGCGUGAAGUAAAAUCAUACGGCAAACAGUUCUUGUUUGAUGGCUGCAAUGAAACCUGCUGGAAUUCGGAUCAGGGAACCCCUCAAUGGAUUGCAGUGCAGUUUGGUAAAGACACUGCAGUGACUCACUUUGAAAUUCAAUUUCAAGGAGGUUUUGCUGCAAAAAACAUUUGCCUACAAAGAACGAGCGUAGAUGCUGGAGUUGCAAAGGUAGAAACAAUCAAGACCUACUAUCCAGACGACAUUAAUGCGAUCCAAACUUUUCUUCUACCUGACUCACCUUUAAUGACAGACAAUUUAAAAUUUUUAUUACCUGAAAGCACAGACAUGUUUGGCAGAAUCAUUGUAUACAGGCUGAACUUGUAUAAAAAUUCAUGAUGCCUUAAGUAGGAUUCUUCUAGGUCAAAUAAAAAAAAAUAUUUUU